AUGAUCUUGAUCACCACACUCGUUUGUUUCUGCCUGGCUUCGGCCUUCAGCUAUUUCAGGACCCGCCGGCAGAGAUCGCUGAUCAAAAAUCUGAAGGGACCCUUCACCUGGCCGCUAAUGGGAGCAAUGCACAAGUUGCUAUUCCUAACGCCAAAAAAUUUCUUUAAGCGCAGCACCGAAUACCUUAGCAAAUAUGGAUCCUUGAGUCGUUGUUGGGUCUUCCAUCGCCUCUUCAUUCCCCUGGCAGAUCUGGAGCUCAGCAGACAGCUUCUGGAAAGUGACACCCACCUGGAGACGGGAUAUGAGCUGAUGAAGGAUUGGCUGGGAGGAGGUGUGCUCAUGUGCCAGUCGAAUCAAUGGCAAAAGCGACAUGCUCUUAUAAGUGGUCUUUUUGACAAAAGGAAAUUUGGGCAGUUGAUGGAUUUAAGUCGACAGCAGGCGAAUCUAUUGCAACAAAAAUUGGUGGAAAGGGCCGAUCAAAAGGUGUUCGAUAUCUGGGAAACUGUGAGUCCCAUGGUUUUGGAUCUAAUAGUAAUGAUCACCUGCGGUGCCAAACCCAGUGAGGAGUAUUCUAAGAAUCUAGAAAGCUUAUCGGAAAUCUAUAGAAAACGUUUUCUGAGUCUACAAUCGGCAAACAGAUUUAACUAUUGGCUGAGUUCACCCUUUAUGAGAAAACGUCAGAAUCGAUUGAUAAAACGACUAAAUGAGGAACACAAGAAUCUCAUGGUCAGUCACCAAAGUCAAAAGCAAUUGAAAAUUGUUUAUGGUUUGGACAUGUCUCAGUUAAGGCCAAUGCCUAUGAAGAAUUAUGAAUGCCUUUUGCAAAUUCUCGUGGAAAGUAAAGAUCCCCAACUUACAACUGAAGAAAUCUGUGGAGAGCUAAAUACCAGUAAUUAUCUAGGCUAUCUGCUCUGCAGUUCAGCUCUCUGUUUCUGCCUCGUCACGAUUGCCAGAAAUCCAUCGGUUCAGCAAAGGUGUUUGGAGGAGUUAAAUCUGGCACAGAUCAAGGAUCAAGGAUGGGACCUGGAAAAGCUACCUUACCUGGAAGCUGUUCUGCAAGAAACUAUGCGACUUUACCCACCACAGGUGAUUGUUGGCAGGCAACUCAAGAAGGAUUUUCCAUACACACACAGUAUUGUGGGAGAUGGAGAUCUUCCUUUUGGUUCAGAGAUCUAUAUUAAUCUCUAUGAACUACAGCGCAAUGAGCAUCGAUAUCCAAAAGCAAACCACUUUGUAGCGGAGCGAUUUUUGGACACUCCUCCGGAACUCCUGAGCUUCAGUCUUGGUUCUCGCUGUUGUCCAGCGCGAAAGUUUAGUAUGCAGCUACUAAAAACAUUGUUGGCUCCUAUUUUGGCCAACUUUGAACUGUUACCUUAUGGCGAUGAAGUGCGCUUGGAUUUGCGACUUAUAAUGGGAUCUUCAAAUGGCUUUCAGCUGGCAUUAAAGCCACGCGAAAUAGUUGGAAACGCCAUUUAAUUUUCUUCUAAUGUAAUUUUGGUAUAAAGAUUUUAAUUUUAAAACUAUUGCUUAAACAUAUGAAUAUAUCACAAAACCU